ACACUGUCAAUCUUCUUUUCUUUAAAAAAAAAUAAUGUCCAAUAUCACUCUCGAAACUGUCACCUAUGAGCAGGUUGCCAAGAUGUUUGACCACGCUAUUCUCAAGCCUGAACAAACCACAUUGGACGUAAUCGAGGGCUGCAAGUUGGCUGUCGAAUAUGAUGUCAAGUCAGUGUGUGUCAAGUCGUGCGAUGUCAAGCAAGCCGCCUCAUUGCUGAAUGGAACCAGUGUAUUGGUCGGUACCGUUAUUUCUUUUCCUCAUGGCAAUGCACCCACUAGCGCCAAGGUUGCCGAAGCUAUUCAGGCUGUACGCGAUGGUGCGAUUGAACUUGACGUUGUGAUCAACAUUGGUCAUCUCAAGUCUGGUCUUAUUGAAGAGUGCGAGAAGGAGAUUGCUGCUGUUAUCGAUGCUUCCAAGAAAGAGAACGCGAAUGUUGUGUUCAAGAUUAUCUUUGAGAAUGCAUACCUUACCAAAGAGGAGAUUGUUGCUGCCUGCAAGCUGUCCGUGGCAGCAGGAGCUGAUUUUGUCAAGACAUCAACCGGAUUUGCUUCAUCAGGCGCUACAUAUGAUGACAUUGAACUGAUGCGCGCCAGUGUUCCCGACAAUAUUGAAGUUAAGGCAUCGGGGGGUAUUAAGAACUUGGACCAGGUUAUUACUUUUAUGCAAAAAGGCGCCACUCGCUGUGGAUCUUCGUCUAGCGGGCAGAUCUUGGAUGAGUUCAAGAAGAGAAGAGGCUUGUAAAUAUGCGUGUUGAAUAAAAUGUAUAGUCCUAAAAUAUUAGAUUUAGUAAUUAUGUGUGAUAUUUUUUUAAUACUAAGUGAGUUUAUGUCAAAUU